AUCCCCUUGCGCUGGGGUGGGCGGAGAGGAGGCGUCAUGGCGGGCAGGCUGCCCCUGCAAACACCUCCCCGCCACGUCAUUGCCGGGAACUGGGGACCAGCUGCGCAAGCUAGUGCUGCUGCCUGCCCGCCGGCUACUGCACAGGCCCGGGGUUGGAGCGCGCCGGGGGACCCGAUCCACGCAAGGCAGCGGCUGUCUCGCCACCCUGCCCCGCUGGUUCAAUGGAUUUAACAAGUCAACCAUGUUCCUUAAAAGAUGACUCUAUUAAUCUGAAAGUUACUGACCAUUCUGGCACACAGAUAGAUGACGUUGACAAUCUUAAAGAAGAACUAGAAAAAUGGAAGGAAAGGCUUGGAAAAGCUGAAAAACAAAAAGAUGAGCUCCUUCUUUUGAAACUAAGUGCUGAUAAAGAGAGAGAUCAGGCACAAGAUGAGCUGAAAAAGCUAAUGGAUUUAGAAGAGGAGCAAUAUAAGGAGAACAUGAUAACAAAGGAAAACCAGGAGAGAAAUCUUGCUGUAGUAAAGCAACAAAAUAUUGAGCUGCAGAAGGAGAUUCAGAAGCUCAAAGAUGACCUUGCAGCAAAGAGUUCAAAGCUUUCACAGGAUUUUCGGAUUAAAAGAGAGAUACCGAAAAAGAAAAUGAAGUUUACUAGGAUGGAAAAUGCUGAGAGUGACGACACAUUUUUGAAUACUUGCUGCCUUUUUCACAUAACUGCAAAAAUUCCAUUCAGAUUGCAGCAAAGACAAGCUCUUCUAACUUUUGAAGAGGAGGAUGUUGCCCAGAAACUGAUAAGAAGAGGUAAGCAUACUGUGAGCCUGGAUAAUGAAAAGAUAGAGUUGAAAGCAGUGCCAGUUACACUAGAAACAGGAGUCAAAUUUGAGCUCCAUGUAACAAUUUCUGGAGAGAAGAUUAAUGUUUCUGAAGUACCAGAUCUACCGAUACCUGAUGAGUGGAUCAGAGACAAAAUAGAACUGAAUUUCUACAAAUCCAAACGAGGAGGAGGAGAAGUAAAGGAUGUGAGAUAUGACAGAAGGUCUCGCACAGCCAUGAUUACAUUCCUCAAACCUGGAGUUGCUGACAACUGUGUGAGAUGUACAAAGCACCCUUUCUACAUAAAUGAAAAGCGCUUUAUGCUUUCUGUUUCCCCAAGCAUAGAAAAGCAUUUGGAAAAAUUUCAGAUAUUUUCUGGGAUUUCCAAGAGGACCAUACUGCUCUCAGGAAUCCAAGAGGUUGAGGAGGAUGAGGAGAGCAUGCAGGACAUGAUUGAAAUUCAUUUUCAGAAGCCUAGCAAUGGUGGUGGGGAAAUUGAGAACAUCAAAUAUGUAGCAACAGGAACCAAACUAGCUUAUUUUGAGGAAGAUACUGAGAAUGUGUCAUGAAGCGUUCAAGCUGGGACUUUCACUUUGCCCAGUGUGACAUAGUAUAAUGGAAAAUGUUGCAGACUUUUAGUUUUUUUAAUAUCUGUGCUUUUUAAUCUUCAAAAUUUACACUUUUGAAAAGAAGAAGUGCCUGCCUUUCCUUCCUUUCAUCUGCAUGAUGCGAAGACUCUUAGGGAAUGUCUACGCAGCCGUUAAACGCCUGCGACUGGCCUGGAUCAACUGACUCAAGCUCAGAGGGCUUGGGCUGCAGGGCUAUAAAAUUGCGAUGUAAAUGUUCAGGCUCAGGCUGGAGCCCAGGCUCUGGGACCCCGCAAGGUGGGAGGGUCCCAGAGCCUGACUAUCUACACUGCAGUUUUAAAGCCCCACAGCCUGUCAGCUGACCCAGCCUAACCUCAUGUAUUUAACUGCUGUGUACACAUGCCUUUAUGGUCUGGAGCACACAGCUAUGUGAAACCCACUGGUUCUGUCUUAUAAAGAUUCCUUGUAAAAUUCAACAAAUAUUACGCAAAGCCAAGAUCAGUGCAAAACUCACUGUGAAACCGUAGAGUUGGCUUAAUGUACGUGGGUCCACCAAAUCCCUAAAUCGCUCACCAACACCUAAAACUUGAUCAAGGUUGCUUUCUGCAAAUCAGAUCUGAGUUUCACAUGGAUAACAAAACCCAAAACUUGAUAGAUUUUUCCUAGUUGAGGCUGUGUUAGGAAACUUUUACGUAACUGCUCAAAAGUGACUUCAAUGUAUAUGCUUUUUUAAAGUGGCUCUUUUUCAUACAGUGUAUAGCCCAAUAGGACUUCAGUCCUAUCAGAUCCUUUGGUGCUGCCACAAUACAAGCAACUGAUUCUUAUAAAAUUACAGAAUAAUUUCUUAUCAUCAAAUUAGCUGCAGAAUGUCAAUAAUAAAGGAAGUGAUAUCCAGUUUUUCCAAACGUGCUUAUGAUCAGAAGGAGAAUGUUCAGAAAUGGCACCAGUUUACUCAUCAGAUUGACAUUUGAUGAGCUAAAUCAGGCCUGCACAACUCAUAAAGCAAUGAGGGCCAUAUUACUCCAAAGAAAACAGCUGAGGGCUAAAACCCCUGCCGAACCCCACUCCCAGCGCCACCCAGCCCCCCCAAAACACAUCCCCCACCCAGCGCUGCCUGGCCCCGCGGAAACACCCCCCGCCCUCAAGUAUAAAGCCUCGCCGCCACUGCCUGCCUGCCCGGCUUGUCAUCCCCCCCAUGAAAUAAGAGAAGAGGAAAAGGGGAACAGUUUGAAGGGAUUUUCUGGGGCUAUGAACUAAGGGGAGGGGAAAGGGGGGCAGUGUGAAGGGAUUUGAUGUGGCUGUACAAAACACAAACACAGGCCACAGGGAGCCUGGGGGGUCGGGGGCAGUGUGAUAGGGGCCGGGGAGGCUCGCAUGUUGUGCAGGCCUGAGCUAAAUUGUGCCUUUAAGGAACAACUCAGCAUGGGUAAAAAAAUGGCAUGGAGGUAAUCUUGCUCCUGGGGCAAUUCUGUGCCACUGUAUAUGCUCAGAAUUCAUGUGUCCCACAGAAUUUUAUUUGUCCUCACAGAAAAUACAUUCUGCCCCAGAAAUGCUGCAGUUCUGCCUUUCGCCCACCAGAGGCCACUGUGGUGCCAGAACAGCCAACAGCAUGAAUGCAGCACUUUGGGGCAGAAUGUGUUUUCUGUGGGGAAAAAAAUUCUGUGCAUAUGCAGUGGCACAGAAUUCCCCGAGGAGUAAAAGCUCAUCACAGCAUCUGGCUCGUGGAGCUAGAUUAGGACAGACUGGGACACUUGGGGCUGCUUUGGGGGAUCACAGACUGGGGUUCAGAAUGGCUAGUAGGGAGGACAGACUGAGGGGGAGACUAGUGGGCUCCAGAACCAGGGGUUGAAUGGGAGUAGGGGUGCAUAGCCACAUGGUGAUGGGUGCUGCAGGGACCCAUCAGGAAGGAGGGAUGCAGGGAAGGUGCCAUUGUGCCUGAUUGAAUGGGAGAGGCUUGUGAUCAGGGUCUGUAUGGGGGGAGGCUCCCUAACAAUCCUGCCCCUUCUCCCCCCCAAAAACAAAACUUUCUCCCACCCACACCCAACAACCCUCCAGGUUCACUCCAGGCUCUUUCCCUCUCCCUCAGCUCCUCUGUUACUUCUGAAACUCCCAAGCUUUUGCACUGCUUCUGAUGGGUGCAGGAAACAGUUCUGUAUUGUAAUUUAAAUGAAUUACAGUAUAUACUCAUUCAUAAGCUGAAUUUUUUUAGUAAAAAAAGGAUGCACCAGAGAAGGGGGUCGGCUUAUGAACGGGUAUAGAGAGGGAGAGGUGGGACACAGCCCCUCCCCCCCAACAGAGGGAGCAAGGAGGGCAUCACAGCCAGCAGAGCCAGAAGGGAAGAGGCAGGGCCAGAAUCUCUCCACUUCUGGCCAUGCUACUUUCCCCUCCAGCCUCUGAAGCAGCUGCAGCUCCGGGGCUGGCAGGCUGCAGCUGUACCGCUUGGCCCCACCCCCCAGAUGAGGCUGUGGCCACAUCGCCCAGCCUGCUGGAACAUGCUGCGGCCGUGCCACCUGGCCUAGCCCGCUGGAACAUGCUGUGGCCGCGCCGCUUGGUCUGGCCUGUCAGAGCAGGCUGCAGCCGCGCUGCCCAGCCUGCCAGAGCAGCUCUAGCCAGGCCAAAGACAUCCUCCCUUGGCCCUCCCAAGAUAAGGUGGGAAGGGAUGGGAUGGGGAGAGUGUGGACGUCCCAGGUUAGGGAUGGGGUCAUGGUCAGGGGUUACUCCCCUGACUCCCAGCUUCUCCCCCCACCAAAAAUUUCCCCACCACCUGUCCUGGCCCAUCAGGGUAACCAGCUGGCACACUGGGACACUUUGUUUACCUAGGUUUACGUCCGUGCCUGGGCCGCUUGAGGUAAACAAACCAUCUCAGCCUGCCAGCGACUUAUCUUGAUGGCUUGGGAGCCAAAGUUUGCCAACCCCUUAAUUAUAGGUUCAGCUUAUGAAGGGUUAUAAAAAGGUUAUAAAAAUUUUCCAUUUUUACUUACCCAUCUUGGGGGAGGGGGUGUUGGCUUAUAAACGAAUCAGCUUAUGAUCGAGUAUACACAGUACUCAAAAGUUCUGUAUUAAUAUGCCUAGUAAGGAAUCCAUUUGUCCAAAAAAAAAAAAAAAAAAGUUCUGGUAAUUUUUUUUUGGUCUGUAUUGUUACAGACAGACAUUCUUAACUGACAUAUUUUGAAAUAAAUUACCAAAAUAAUUGAAACUGGCAUGAUAUUGUAUUAUUUUGACAAAUAAAAUAUGAUGAAUUUUGUCAAAUUUUAAAAUAUUGUGUGCAGAAUUUUUAAUUGUUUGGCACAGAAUUCCCGCAGGAGUAUAAUCUGUACUGCUAUCGGCAUGUAUAAUAAUGUAUACUCCCCCAGGAGUAUAAUCUGUACCUCUUCUGGGGCCUGAUCCAACACCUACUGAACUCUUUAGUAAGCUAAUAUGAGCUCUCUGUCUCUAGGAAGGAUGUAUAUUUUAUGAGAGGUCUUUUUCUUGACUAUUCGUAUCUACAGUUACACUAUUCCUCCAUUAUACCUGUUAUUUUGUCUAAUUUAAACAUAUACAGAUACUAGCUAAGAACUCAGGUGUUUCUUAAAAUGGUGUAAAAACAGAUUAUUAUUUUGUAACUGUACUGAAGCAACCAUCUGGUUACAAAACACCUUGUCUGAGGAUUUUAUUUUGUGUGAUCGUGGCCAUAGCUCUCUUUCUGAAGGCAGCAGUAAAUGGAUGGAGAUGGCCAAUUAGGAAAGGGGCAUAUGGAAGGCAGCCUAGAUUUCAUUCAUAGCCCUUGAACUAGGGACAAAAGGCAGAAUUUAUUGUCUUCAUUCACAUCUUAAAUUAUAUUAAAAGUUCUUUGAACUGAAUUGGGCUUGCAAAGGGAGGAAGUCUCUCUUCCCAAGGGCGGGAUUUCUUGCCUCUCUGCCUUUUUCCUUCUCCACCCUUGUGAGGCUGGAAUGAUUUGGCAGUCUGUCAUGUGGCAGCAGACAACCUCUAAUGUCACUUAACACUGAGGGAGAGGUUCAUGUGAAUAUCAUUUAUUUUCAUUAUAUAAGAGACCUUACUGUAUAAAAGGGAUUUUGUAUUAUACCUUAUGUAGGAAGACAUUGAAAAAUAAACAUCAGACAUUGAUUGUAGCUAUUAUAUACACAAAAGUCAGAUUUAGAUUACACAGCCUAAACAAAUGACUUUGUAUUUUGUUGUUCAAGUACUGUCAAAGUUGCUUUUGUUUUCCUUCUGCUUAGAACAAAAAGGAAAAUGUAUGGGGUUACAGCUCCCCCAACUGUUUGAUGUGUGGGGAAAAAAAGCUUACAUUGAUUAAACUUAAACAUGAAAUGCAUAAUAAAUAAAGGCAUGUGAAACUA